UUGAAGUAAAUAAGGACACAUUAAUUGCGGAGCAAUUCCAGGUAAGGUCCCAUUGCUCAACACACAUGAACUUCCCUCUAUAUAUAUCUUCGCUCUCUGCUUCCUAUGCAUUCAACUCUCAACUCUUGAUAUACAUUCAUUCACCUUCUUUCUUUUCUUUAGACACAAACAACUCUGAGCUACUCUUUAGCUUCUUACACUUUUUUUUUUUUUUUUUAACAGAAACCAUAGAAGAAUUUGUCCCUUAAUUCUGAUUCCUUUGCUGUACGUGCGUUAUAGUUUGUUCUCUCUUCUUCAUUCUAAAAGCUAGCAAUAGAAAAAGCUUCUUUUUUGAACCAACUGGCGCAACUUCUCUUCUCAUUUCUGCCCUCUGUUUUAUUUCCCCUGUCAUGGCACCCCCAAAUGAUCCAAUUCAUUCAAUUUUCAACGUCCUCAUGAAAACCCAUAGCUAUUUUGAAUUAUCUGAUGGCAAACUCUUGGCCAAAAACGUUCCAUUACUCUUUGAAGUUCCCAACAACGUCAGUUUUUCUACCUUCUCUUCAGUUUGCCGAACAUCCGAUGCUCCACUUCCCCUGUUCCAUCGUGCGCAUUCAACAUCUUUCAAUGGCGGUUUCUUAGGAUUCAGAAAAGAGGAGCCAUCUCACCGUUUGAUGAAUUCAUUGGGAAAAUUCAGUGACAGAAAUUUCCUCAGCAUUUUCAGGUUCAAGACCUGGUGGUCAACACAGUGGGUGGGAAAUUCUGGUUCAGAUUUACAAAUGGAAACCCAAUGGCUCCUAUUAGAUGUCCCUGAGAUUAAAUCCUACGUCAUUAUUAUACCAAUAAUUGAAGGGAAAUUCAGGUCUGCACUUCACCCUGGCACAAACGGUCAUGUCCAUAUUUGUGCUGAAAGUGGUUCUAGCCAAGUAAAAGAAUCAUCCUUUGGCGCGAUCGCGUAUAUUCAUGUAUCUGAUAAUCCUUACAACUUGAUGAAAGAGGCUUAUACUGCACUUAGAGUUUAUUUAAAUACAUUUAAGCUCUUAGAAGAGAAAUCACUCCCACCAAUUGUUAAUAAAUUUGGUUGGUGCACUUGGGAUGCUUUUUAUUUAACUGUAGAACCAGCAGGGGUUUGGCAUGGAGUGAAUGAAUUUUCCCAAGCUGGAAUUUCUCCUAGCUUUCUUAUUAUUGAUGAUGGUUGGCAAAGUAUCAAUUUUGAUGAUCAAGAUUCACAGGAAGAUGCAAAAAAUUUGGUUCUUGGUGGGACCCAAAUGACUGCUAGGCUCCACAGGUUAGAUGAAGGUGAAAAAUUCAGAAAGUACAAGGCUGGAUCUUUGUUGGGGCCUAAUCCUCCACUUUUUGACCACAAGAAACCAAAGAUGUUAAUUUGUAAGGCAAUUGAGAUUGAGCAUGCUGAGAAGGCACGUGACAAGGUGGCUGUUACUGACAUGUCAGAGUUGGAUACAAUGAUUGAGAAAAUGAAGAAAGAACUGUAUGACAUGUUUGGUGGGGACCAGUUAUUAAUUGUACGCGAGCAAGAUGGUGAUGAAUUGCGAUUUAACAACCAAGGCUUUAGUAAGCCAGAGGACACAGGGAUGAAAGCGUUUACUAAGGAUUUGAGAACACAUUUCAAAGGCCUAGAUGAUAUUUACGUGUGGCACGCGUUGUGUGGUGCUUGGGGUGGUGUAAGGCCUGGAACUGCCCACCUUAAUUCCAAGAUAAUCCCUUGUAAACUUUCUCCGGGGCUUGAAGGGACGAUGGAUGACCUUGCAGUGGUCAAAAUAGUGGAAGAUGGCAUUGGACUUGUUCAUCCUGAUCAAGCUGAUGAUUUUUAUGAUUCAAUGCAUUCUUACCUUUCUAAUGUGGGAAUUACAGGCGUUAAAGUCGAUGUUAUUCAUACACUUGAAUAUAUCAGUGAGGAGUAUGGUGGUCGAGUUGAGCUCGCAAAGAAAUAUUACAAUGGGCUGUCAAAAUCCCUAGCAAAGAAUUUCAAAGGUACAGGACUCGUAUCCAGCAUGCAACAAUGUAAUGACUUUUUCUUCCUAGGAACAAAGCAAAUCUCAAUGGGAAGAGUUGGGGAUGAUUUUUGGUUCCAAGAUCCAAAUGGUGAUCCCAAUGGAGUAUACUGGUUACAGGGGGUACAUAUGAUUCAUUGUGCUUAUAACAGCAUGUGGAUGGGUCAGAUAAUACAACCAGAUUGGGACAUGUUUCAAUCUGAUCAUGUUUGUGCCAAAUUCCAUGCUGGAUCCAGGGCUAUAUGUGGGGGACCUGUUUAUGUGAGUGAUUCCUUAGGUGGCCAUGAUUUUGAUCUUUUAAAGAAGCUAGUUUUCCCUGAUGGUACAAUUCCAAAGUGCCAAUAUUUUGCACUUCCAACUAGAGACUGCAUCUUCAAGAAUCCACUAUUUGAUGGCAAAACCAUACUCAAGAUUUGGAACUUCAACAAGUGUGGAGGUGUCAUUGGUGCAUUCAAUUGCCAAGGAGCAGGGUGGGAUCCAAAGGAGAGAAGAAUCAAGGGAUACUCGCGGUGCUACAAGCCAAUGACAGGGUCAGUCCAUGUGAAUGACAUUGAAUGGGACCAACUGAAAGAAGCAUCUGAAAUGGGCAAAGCAGAGGAAUAUGCUGUGUAUCUUAACCAAGCUGAGAAAUUAUUCUUGACAAAGCCAUUCUCAGACACAAUUCCAAUGGCCAUAAAACCAUCUUCUUUUGAAAUAUUUAGUUUUGUACCUAUCAAACAACUCAGUUCCAUUGCUAAAUUUGCUCCAAUUGGACUCACCAAUAUGUUCAACAGUGGAGGAACAAUACAAGGAUUGCAAUACGAGGAGGCUACUUGUAUUGGUGCUAAUGCAAGUGCAAAAGUUGAAGUUAAAGGUGGUGGGAAUUUCUUGGCUUACUCAAGUGUAUCACCUAUCAAGUGUUACUUGAAUGGUGCUGAAAUUGAGUUUGAAUGGUCUUCUGAAGAUGGAAAAUUGACCCUCAAUCUAUCUUGGAUUGAAGAGGCCAAUGGCAUUUCUAAUGUAACUUUUCAUUUUUAGUGCAUUAACCUUGGCAAGAUGCUGCUCAAGUUUGAGAAUUAUUAUAAUACUAAUAGCUAAGUAAUUGUAAUGCUAUUAAAGUAUGUUUUAUGUGAAGUUUUCACAUUUUUUCUUCUUUUUAA